CUGCUGGAUGGGAGGUUAGACAGCAAAAGAAGCCAAGAUCAACUACUGUCAUAUUUGCCCGCUGAACACAGACAGGAACAGGAAAGGAGACAGCCUCUGCGCACAAACCCCUUCUUGCCUUCCUCUCCGUUUCACCACCUCUUCUCAGCUGCUGAUUCCUUUGCCCCGUCUCAUCUGCCCCCUCCAUCCACCAUGGACCGGUCGACCCAGGAGCUGUUCCUCAACUUCAUGAUCGUCUUAAUCACCGUGCUGCUGAUGUGGCUGCUGGUGAAAACUUACCAGGACUAA